GCGAUUGUGGGAUGUUUAGGAUGGAUCCACCGUGUAUGUACUCUGCCUCCCCGUUAUUUAGCGGAGGGAACCGGCGGGCAGCCGCGAAACCGGCCCCGCCGGAGCCCGCAGGAGGCAGUCGCCGCCUCGCCUCACCCACCUCCCGCGUCCGCCAUUUCCCCGCCUCGUCCCUCUCGCUCCGCCCCGGUCGCCGCCAUUUCCCCGCCUCGUCCCCCUCGCCCCGCCCCGUCACCGUCCCCCGCCAUUUCUCCGCCUCGUUCCCCUCCGUGGCAGCCAUGUCUCCGCCUCAGCCGUCGGCCCCGCCUCGUCCCCCUCGCCCGCGGCAGCCCUGUCCCCGCCUCAGCCCCCUCGCCCCGCCUCAGCCGCGCCCCGCCGGCCCUCAGCGCCCGUGGCGGCGGCGCCGGGCGGAUGGCGGCGGCGGCGGCGGAGGAGCUGGGCCUGCUGGAGUGCAAGGUGUGCUUCGAGCCGUAUGGGCUCAGCGGGCGGCGGCGGCCGCGCAACCUGCCCUGCGGCCACGUCCUGUGCCUGGGCUGCGCGGCGGCGCUGGGCGGCGCGGGUCGGCGCGGGCUGGAGUGCCCCUUCUGCCGCCGCGCCUGGGGCUCCGCCGAGACCAGCGACUGCCUGCCCCUGCUGCAGCUGCUGGAGGCGGCGGGCCCGGCCGGCGGCCUCCCUGCGGCCGUGGCGGCGGCGGGCCCGGCCGGCGGGGCCCCGGCGGGCCCGGCGCUUCGGCUCGCCCUGGGGGGCUGGGGGGCGCUGGUGAACCCCACCGGCGUGGCGGCGUGCCCGCGCUCCGGGCGCCUGGCCGUGGCACACGAUGGCAAGAAGAGGAUCAAGGUGUUCGGGGCGAGCGGCACCUGCAUGCAGCAGUUCGGGGAGCGGGGGGACGCAGGCAACGACCUCAAGUACCCGCUGGACGUGGCGGUCACCCUGGACGGCCACGUGGUGGUCACCGACGGCGGGGACCGCUCGGUGAAGGCGUUUGAUUUUGAGGGGCGGGGGAUGCUGGCCGUCAGAGAAGGCUUCUGCUUGCCCUGGGGCCUGGACACCACCCCAGAGAACGAAGUCGUUGUGACCGACUCGGAGGCCGGAGCCCUUUACCGCUUGACGGCUGACUUUGGGAAGGGGAAGCUGAAGGAGUCGCAGAUGAUCCAGUCCAAGUUAACCUGUCCGAGAGGGGUGGCAGUCUGUCAGGUGUCAGGUGCCAUUGCGGUCAUAGAGCACCUGAAAGCUAAAGGACCAAACAACAGCAGCACCCGAAUGAAGAUAUUCAGUGCAGACAUGAAACUCAUUGCCCAGAUGGAUACCUUUGGGCUGAACCUCAUUUUCCCCUCCAAAAUAUACGCUGUGGCAGUGGCUUUUGACAAAGAGGGUCAUAUUAUAGUAACGGAUGUCUAUAACCAAGCUGUAUUAUGUUUAGGGAAACCUGAGGAGUUUCCUGUGUUUAAGCCUAUAAUCAAUCAUGGGCUUUCAUAUCCUGUAGGACUGACUUACAUGGCAAAUAAUUCCCUCGUUGUUCUAGACGGUGGUGAUCAUUCAGUAAAAAUAUAUAGCUCUGCCUGAAUGUGUUUAGAUUUUUACUGCUAUAGAUUCGUUCUGUUUUAGGCUGUGGAGCAAGCUAAGUUACGGUUUUAGUAGACAAGUAGGUGGGAGGUAUUUUCUGGCCUUUGAGUGAAAUUGCCCUGCUUGACCAACGUGCAUCAAAGCUCUUGCCCCAUCUGUGUGAGCAAACUUGACCGUUGCAGGCAGUACUCAAGAGUGAAUCAACCAACCAACCAAAUAACUUGGCAUUUUAAAACUAUUUCAUACCUUGACAGCCAAACAUUUUUAUGUCGUUUGGCAAAUAGUACCAACAUUUGGAAUGGAGUAAUCAAAGGCCUGCAACUGAGAGAGGGGAUGAUGCAGCUUUUGUUUACCUUUAUUGGCAUUUAGUUUUCAUUACAUUCUUUCUUAAGCAGGGAGACACUCAUGAGAGUGAUGGAGUGAUUUCUCUUUCCAGGAUUUCUGCAGGAGAAAGGAGACUGGCUUGAUAGACCGACAGACUAGCUAAGAAUAGCUAAUAACCAAUAGAAUAGCUAAGGUCAAUUGUGAUAGAGGAGCUGCCACUGAUAAUGAGUUAUAUGAAAUGAAUUGGUGCGUUUUUUCCAUAGUAGGGAAAUUACUGAUGGGUACCAUGAAGGAUGAAACAUCAGUGAGGCAAAGUUUGGAAGAUGCACUGUCAUCAUUACACUUCAAGGAAAAAAAAAUUUUCCCCCAUGGCAGCUUUCAUGGGCUACAAGUUAAAUAUGAAGAGUGAAGUUUUAAAACAUGCUAAAAAAGCACAGUCUUAAGAUUUGAAAAUAUCUUGAUAAAUGAAUAUUUGUUCUCUGUACUAGGUUACUACCACCUUUAUUAGAAUUGUACUGAAGCACUUGCACUUCUGUAAGGUGUAAGUCUGCAUCUGCAUGCAGAGAUAAUCUUGUGUGUAGUUACCAGCAGCGGCUGGUAAGCUUUCUCUAAAAACUUAAAGGUGUUUAGAUCCCAAACACUUCUGCAUAUACAAAAGUGAGUUGUCCGUCUUGCUAACACAGGUAUUCUUGCAAGAUUUCCAGUACUGUCAGCAUCUGUCUUAUCAUUAAUAUGAUACUUCUAUGUCCAAAACUUCAGGAUCCAGCUGAAAAUUGGAGUGUUGGUGAGCAGUAGAAGGGAAGGAGGGAUGUGAGCCUAUUCUUUUCCAAGCAGAUUUAGAUCAGUUUAUAUUUUCUUGAAAAGAGUUUCACUGUAGGCAUUAAUUCUGUUGCCUUAUUGAGCAGUGGAAAUUAAAGUAUAUCUGAAUUAUUUAAAAAAGUUUUUAGCACCCCCACUAAGUAGUCACUGCUGCAUGUUCAGGCACUUAUUUGCUGCUAAAAUAAUUACUUAGAUUGUUCAGCACUAAAAGGAAGUUUGAUAUAGAUACAAAUGCUCUGUGAGAUAGAGACAGGAGGUGAAAGUUGCAUUCAACUUUUAUGGUCACUUAUUUAUUCACAGAAAUUAUGAAUGAGAUGCUUUCUGAAAGCCACUUGAAAUCAACAGGUGGUCUUUCUAUCAGUUAAUUUUUAAUCUGGCUUCUGGUCUUACUUUGAGGGCAUAUAAUAACUACAUGUAUUGUCGCACCAGCUAUUUACCAGUUCUUAAUUUAAUGUGGAGCAUUUUUAGCCCUCUAAUUCAGACAAUGUAUUAAUUUAUCUUAUGUUGAUAUAUGUAAAAACAAAACAACCUAACCACUAAAUGCAGCUAUUUGUAAAGGUUAAUUCAAUGGUGAUGUGCCAAUAAAGACGGAUUUGUUUACUCCUAUACUGAA